AUGUCCGAGGCAAUUAAGGUCAAGGAGGCAGCGAGGGAGGUGGGUGGACAAGGUGAGGGAAGUGAAGGGGCGAAAGAGGGCGAUGAAGGGGGAAGAUGGGUUGAGGUAAGGCGUUUCGGAGGUGGAGGGGGAAAGUGGAAAAUGAGGAUUUGGGUGAAGGACGCCGACGGAGGAGGUGAUGGAGGAGGAGGGAGCGAAGCGACCAGUGAAAGAGGAGGCACAUUUUCAGGGCGAUUUGGGGGAAUUUCGGAAAAGGUCAAAUUAGGUCAAAGAGGCAGUGAGGCAGCGAGGGAGGUGGGUGGACAGGGUGAGGGAGGUGAAGGGGCGAAAGAGGGCGAUGAGGGAGGAAGAUGGGUUGAGGUAAGGCGGUUUCGGAGGUGGAGGGAGAAGGUCGAAAAUGAGGAUUUGGGUGAAGGACGCCGACGGAGGAGGUGA